ACGCGUCAGCUGAAAGAACCACAUUUCCCAAGAAUCCGUUUUCUCUGGGAUGUGUAGCUUUGGAAAUCUGUCUUUGUUGCUCUGGAGAGGGGACUCCUGGAAUGUGUCUCUGAAUAAAGACUAGCGGAAGGUGCGAAGUGACUAGAUGGGAGCCAAGGAGGAAAACUAGGGAAUGGGAGGUGAGAGUGGCUACACCGACCCAACAUCCGGGUUGCCGGAAGGCUGCAACGCCCGGAGCGGUGUCGGGCAAACAGCUACCCUGGUAUUGUUGGAGCCUCUCCUGGGGACUUUUGAACAGGUGACCCGGUAGGAAGCACAACUGCUUCUGUUGGAGUGCGGUUGCCUGGAGACCGCAGUCUGAAGGGACUCCCGGCAGAGAUGUCGUUACGGUGUCCUGCCUGUCUGGAUGCUUAGGAGCGCGACUCAAAAUUACACCCCUGAGGACCUCGGAGAUACUGUGGCCUCGUGAAUAGAAAUGUCUGCCCAUGUGUCAGGAUUGGAAAUAAUGAAUGAAGAUCAGUUAAUCAAAGAAGUCUUGGAUAAAUUCCUUAAUUGUCAUGAGCAAACAAAUGAUGAAGAAUUUCUGAACACUUUUGCUCAUCAUUCACAAGAGGAUCUUGUGUCCGAAAGGGGAGUGUUUGGAACUGAUUCUUCAGAAAACAUUUUUACCUCAGCAAAAGUUACUCAUAAAAAUGAAGCAAAUAACUGCCAUCUUAGAAAUAAAACCAUCUUUCUUCGUACUUCAUCACAGUGUUUGGAAGAACAGGUAAACAAUUUCCUAGAUUUAGAAGAUUUGGACAUGGAUGAAGAGAUUAAACCCCAAAUGAGUGAGGAUUUGCUGCUACUUCCAGGAGAAGUGGAGCAGGCUGCAAGCACCAGCAUUCCUCCCUGUAUCCCUUCUGUGGCCCAGCCUCCCACCUGUGAGGUGAAGCCAAAGCCCGCUGUAAAAAGAAUGGACAAACAGACGGAAGAGGUACUCUACAGGGAAUUCAGUCAUUCUCUACACUGCCUUGAUUUUGUAAUUCAUCCCUUCAAAGAAAUGCUGUAUACUUUUGUAUUUGUCUAAGAUUUGGGAAAAUAUAAAAUUCAAGUUGCUUAAUUGGUCCCUCUCACAGCCAUCUAUCUCAAAUGCAUACAUUUCUUUUUAAACACAUAGCACAAUUAUGUUUUUACGUGGAAACCAUUUUUGUUUUACAAUGUAUGCCAUGCUACAGAUCUGUGCUACCCAAGGACUACACAUAGAAAGGAUGGACAGUUUUCUUGCCCUUUUUAGUCUGAACAGGCCGUUUUUAUUAUUAUGGAUAAGGUUCUAUAAACUUUUGAAUUAGUUAAGGUAAGGCCAGGCUUCUGUAACAGAGAAUCCCAAUAAUAAUUCAAUGGCUGAAAAGAGAUAGAUCUUUAUUUCUCUUAUUUAACAGCCUAUAUAGAGCCCUUAAAAUGAGCAGGUGGCUCCUUUUUGGGGGGUCAUUAGGGACCCAGGUUCCUUCGUUCUGAAUGUCCAUUAUAUUUUAGGACAUCAUCCUCACCUGCGUAUUCCAGGUCAGGUCAUCAUCAUACCUGGAGGGCAGAAUAGAGGAGCAUGGGGACAGCAUGUUUCCCCAAGGCUUAGGACUCAAGGUCCUUAAUUUCUUCUGCUCACAUUCCAUUGGUGACCACUUAGUCACAUGUUCCUACUAGCCACAGGGGAGGCUGAGAAAUGUCACCUAGCUAUGAAAAUGGAAUCUAUGGCAUAUCUUUCGCAAAUGUGCAACUUGAAAGUCAUCUUUUGCUAUCAUUUUGCAGCUCUUCUACAUAUGCUUAAUAAACUUGCAUCAAUAGAGGCUGUUGCUAGGGCUGGUAGUGACCUUUCUCACCCUCCUUACUGGAACACAAAGCAGGAUCAGGCACAAGAAGUUGUUAAGGGCUCUUUAUUAUUGCUUUCUAAUAAAAUCCUUAGGGUCUUUUUGGAUUAUUUAAUCAGGAGGUACUAGUCUUGUUACUAGAAGAUAUUCUGUUAUAGAAUUAGCCAUUCAGUCAGAAAUAAUCCACACAUUUCACUUUUAAAUUACCACUUUCUAAUAAGUACUUUUGUUCACUGACAUCAUGAAAGUAUAUCCAGGAUGCAUGCAGGCUUAUAAUAAACUCCCAAGUUGAUUACCGGCUAAACUGUUAGGGACAGUCACUUUUCAAUAUGCUUUUUGAAUUAUAGAUUGCUCUCUCUGAGUUGUAAAAAGCUAAAAUUAUAAGGCUAUUUCUAGAAGGAAUAAGUUUUUUUUUUUUAAGAUUUGUUUAUGCUGUUGACUUCACUUGUGGCCAUACAUGUUAUUGGACCAGCCAGUAGACAUGGCACCUAGUACUUUUAUAGAAAUACAAUUUUAUUUCAGUACAAUUAGAGAAUAUAUAUAAUCUAGUACCAUUAUAGAAAUUGUUACAAAGUGAUUUUAGUUAAUGGGUUAAAAAAACUGAAUGAUUAAGCAUUACUUCUAUUUUAUUUAAUUUGCCUAUGUGGUACUAUGAAUGAAAACAGAAUCUAUCAAAUAGCAGUAUAAUUCAAGUUGAGACCCCAUAUAUGAUGGUGUGUUUAAGAGGAAUAUAAAUUUCUUACCAGAAAUGUGGACAUUUAAAAAUGUUGGAAUCAAAAUGAUACAAGGCACAGAUGAAUAACUUUUGCUGUUUUUUGAAUAUCUGAAGUAAUAUCUUGGUUGGGAAUUUUUAUUUCUAAUUCCUAUUUUUUAGAGUAACUUUUCACAACCAUCUAGAAUCACAGUAUAGGUUGAACAUUCCAAAUGGGAAAAUCCGAAAUGCUCCAAAAUUUGAAACUUUUUGAGUGCUGACCUGAUGCUCAAAGG